CGCCGCCGCCGCCUCCUCCUCCCCGAGGUAGGCGGGCGGGCCGGCUGGUGCUGGGUCCGCUUUCGUUUCGGUUUCCUUUCCUGCUGCCGGGCGCGGCCGGGCUAGAGGCGGCGAUGAUGAUGGCGGCGUGGUUCAAGGGGUCCGAGGAAGAUCCGGGCAGCGAGGAAGAGGAGGAAGGCCUCUGGGAGUACGACUCCACCUGGGAAGACGAAGGGGAGGAGGAGGAGGAGGAAGAAGAAGGCAGGGAUGAAGGACGCCGGGAGGAGGGGGAGACGAAGGGCUCGGAGGGGGCUGCAGUUACCGACACGCAAGAGCCUGGAAAGCCCGAGAAGCUCCGGCCGCCUCCGAAGGGCAGGUCACCCUCCGCCAAGCAGGCCUUCGGUAGCCAGGAGUGGCGAAGGCCGAACCGUUCCGCCAUGGGUUUUGGAAGAUACAAGAGCUCAAGCAGACGCAACUGGAUGGCUGCUAAAGAUAUGCAGAGAUACCGGCACCACUACCCGGAUUUGGAAGAAACAGACACUGAAACCAAAGAGGACGAAAUGUGGAAUCUGAGCUUUUACAAAAACGAGAUUUCAUUUGUGCCUCGUG